GGCGGGGCGGCGGGAGCCGGGCGUUUACAGCGAGCGCCUCCGGGCCGGGGGCGAGGCCGCCGCCUGGCCCGGGGGAGCGCCGGGGGCUGCGGUAAAAUGGGGCGUGUGGUAACAUGGAACAAAUUGAGAGAAGUAAUACUUAACAAUGAAUAGCAUAGGAAAUGUAAUGGCAUAGCAUUGAAGUUUAAAAGAAUCACAUACUUCAACAAAAUCCUUGGAUCAUUGUAGAAACUGAAGUGAUUUUACAGGUUAUCUGGCCUUUUGUGUGGACGACUUCAGAGAACAGUUCAGGAGUAGGAGCUGCAUAUGAGUACCUGAGCUAAAAGGAAUGAUAAAAAAGCAGAACAGGGAAGAUGGAAUGUUACUGAUGAUGCGGGAAGUUAAAUUGUAGUGCUUUCAUCUCUCUUAGGAAUGAAGUGGAAGUCAACUGAAUUCCCUCGUGCUGUGCUGGGACGAAAUGCCAUUCGUGUUUGUGGUGAACAGAGGUCACGGCGAUGCCUAACAUGGGAGGGAAGGACACGAGGGGACCAUGUGGCCUGACUCGUUCAGACUGCAGCUCUUCUGCCUCCUCAUGGCAGUGCUGGCUGUUGUGGUGCUGGUCCACAAUUUUUUUCAGCUAGAGCACCUGGAUGAUGACACAGUUUCAGGAUUGAACUGGAUAACAGAAAACAACGUCCAGCAUUCUCUGCCACAGACAGCCAAAACUACCAGGAAGCCUUACUGCGGGUACACGCAGCAGAGCUUGUCCAAAAGGGAACAAGCAGAGCAGGAGUCGUUGCUUGCUGCAAUCCAGUGGCCAAAGCCCCCUGAUGGCAAAAUCGCCUUUGCACAGAGCACUGAUCCCACACAGAGCGACUUUGUGAUUGUGAAACCCGGCAGGUUCUUCAAGGUGGGUGAUCAGUUAGAGGUACUCGUUCAGAUGAGGGAUUUCCAAGGAAAACCCAAGCAGUAUGGUGGAGACUAUUUACAGGCACGAAUCCACUCUCCUGAGCUGAAAGCUGGAGCAGCAGGAAGGAUUGUAGAUUGCCAUAAUGGCCUUUACAAAGUCUUCUUUACCUUGCUUUGGCCGGGAGAGGUCAAGGUUUCUGUGUCACUUGUCCAUCCGAGUGAAGCAAUCCAAGUCCUCGUGCGUUUGCGAGAGGAAAGGCCAGACAGAGUCUAUUUCAAAAGCUCAUUCAAGUCUGGGAGGUAUUCAGAAACUACAGAGUGCAACGUUUGCUUGCCUGGAGGUCUCCCAGUCUGUAACUUCACAGAUCUCUACACGGGUGAGCCAUGGUUCUGUUACAAGCCUCGAAAAUUGUCCUGUGCCAGCCGAAUCAGCCAUGCCAAAGGCGGAUACCUGAAAGGUCUUCUGACACAGGAGGAAAGCCUCUUUUUCCAAAGUGAUGUGAACAUCAAAAGGCCAAUACUCUCCAGUGGACCUGAUUCAGUCAUUGUAAAGCCCAAGGCAUUUACAGAUUCAAGCAGUAUGGACAGAGCUGAAGAUCCCACAGCUUCCCCUUCUGGUUAUUAUUAUGAAGACCAGUGGAGGUCCAGGACACACUGGAUCCAUAAUUUUAACAAAUCAGAUGAUAUAACAGAGUGCUUACAAGGAAAAGUAAUCCACUUGUUUGGAGACUCUACAAUAAGGCAGUGGUUUGAAUAUUUGACAGCAUUUGUUCCAGAUCUGGUGGAAUUUAACCUGGGGAGCCCUAAGAACGUGGGCCCCUUCAUGUCUGUGGACCUGAAGCACAACAUCCUGCUGAAGUUCCGCUGCCACGGGCCGCCCAUCCGCUUCUCGACGGUGUUCAGCAGCGAGCUGAGCUACAUCGCCAACGAGCUCGGCCGCAUCGUGGGCGGCAGGAACACCGUGGUGGCCAUCACCAUAUGGUCCCACUUCAGCACCUUCCCCGUGGAGGUGUACAUCCGCCGCCUCAGGAACAUCCGCAGAGCCGUGCUGCAGCUGCUGGACCGCAGCCCCAGGACCGUCAUCGUCAUCAGAACCGCCAACGUUCAGGAGCUCGGGCCAGAAGUGAGCCUCUUCAACAGUGACUGGUAUUCCUUCCAGCUUGAUUCUGUCAUGAGGAAAAUGUUCUCAGGAAUUGCUGUGCACUUUGUGGAUGCUUGGGAGAUGUCUGUGGCUCAUUACUUGCCACAUAACCUGCACCCUAAUGAAAUAAUUGUUAAGAAUCAAAUAGAUGCAUUUUUAUCUUAUGUGUGCCCUCUGCAAACUUAGCACAAAUGGGUGUCCCUAUGUCGUCUUUUGCUAUAGCCGAAGUACAGUUGCUCUUUUGAGCUGUGGAAUGAGGCUGGAUGAUACGGAGAAACUCUGGGUACUGUUCUUGCAUGCAGGAUAAGUAGGGUGGCCUUAAGUCUGGGUAGCUGUGAAGGAUGGUAAAGAGGAGUUGACUCUUCAGGCCAUAUCUUCCUGCAAGGUCAAUUCCUUCCAGCUUAUCAUUCAUACCUGAGAUUGUUAGAGAGCGCCUUAAAUUAAAUUGGCAGGAUUCAAUAAGAAACUAUUUGGGUUAUUAGCUUUACUAGUUGUCUGCACUGUACGCCCUAUUUAAUCCAUGUGACACUGAUCCUGUUGCCAGGGUCGUGUUGCUCAGAACAGUGUGUGAAACACAGGAAGGAUUUGGGGAGUGGUCUUUCUCUCAGCAUUCCAGAGCUUAAGGGAUGUCUCCUCCAAUUGUGUGUCAGAGAGUGUCUGUUCUUGUUUCAAAGUCCUAAUUAGAAACAUGAAGGGAGUGUACCAAAGUCACAAAUAAGAAAGCACAAUCACGAUAUCUGUAGAAUUAAGUCAUGAAGGAUUUGCUGAAAUUUAAUCGAGCACACUAAUUAGGCACCUUUGUUGUUUACAGAUGGCUGCUAAAUAGCGCAAAUAGCCAGUACUUUACUUUGGUUUCCUGUACUACUGAAUUUCUUUUGAGCUUGGAUACACUGUCUCCUUCUUGAUUUAUCAGUAGUAAGGAUAUGUGUGUUUUAUGACCUCAGUAAAAGCACUGUCUCAGGCAGUUUCUGCAAGUUCAAGUUGCAGGCUCACCUACUUGAAGCUUAAAGCAUUUGCUAGUGAAAGUGUUUCAUUUGCCAGUGCCAGAGUUUGCAUUCCCUGCGAGGUGCAGCCCUUCCCUCACGGUGCUGCAAGGCCGGGCUGCCGACAGUGCAGUCCUUCACACACCGUGUCUGGACAGGGAGGCCAAGUGACCCCAGGGCCCCUGGUGAGCUCUGGCAGUGGUGGUCAAGGCCAUGCAGUGAUUCCUCUUGAGGAUCUGGCAGUUCUGUAAUUUCUCCACGAGCUUCACUGCUGCCAGUAUAGAAGGUGGAACACCCACACCCAAAAGCCAAGCGCGCCCAGGGUUGCCUUCAUGUAGCUGCUCAGCAGCCUCCUGGCCUGGCAUUUACUGCUGCCUUUUGAUUGAGCCUGUCUACAGUUUUAACUAGAAGCACUGUGAAAACAGUUUUUAUUCAAUUCAGCUCCCAAAUUAAACAGCAGAGAAGUGUUCCCUGCUGUCUUAUUUUUGGUCCCACUAAAGCCAAAGCCAGUCUUCACUGGCUUGUGCCAAAAUGAAAUUGAAUCUUUGUGAGCAAACUUAGAGAAGAUUAGCAAGGCAAAUUGGCAGGUUGCACAGAGUGAAAUAAUCAAAAUGUCUUAAUGUUAGAAAAGUUUUCCCCCUUGUUAGGUUUGCUGUUGUCCUAAGGAAGUUUGUGCUCUUAUUGCCAGAGUCCUAAGAGAGCCAAUGCUACCAGCUACAGCACUAGUGUUUCUUAUUGUGUUCAUUUUAAAGGGCAACUGAGAAGUGGUUUAAAACCAGGUAUAAAUGAUAUUAGCAUGUAAAAGGCAUCAGUGUUAUCCAUCUAUAAACUUAACAGUUUAAACAUGUCUGGAGGAACUGUGUACACUGAAAUAGCACCUGCUCUUAGCUUUUCCAAUCAGCAAUUAAGAGGUCCAGCUUGCUGGUUCCCACUGACAGCUGCCUCACACAGCAUCUGCCCAUACUUUAGCAUCAGGUAACUAUUUCUUACUUCAAUAUGGUAAUGGCAAUUUAUCCUCUGCUGAAAAGAGGUCACACCAAUUCAGGUCUGGGAAAGUAAACUACCGCAAUGGAAAAUGAACUUUCAUCUUCUUCAGGUGUGAUUUUUAAAAUAAAGACUUUCAUCCUGAAUAACAACUGUAUCCUAAUAAUGCUCAUGGAAAUAGGACUUCAGACUUACUUUGGAGGAAACUACUUAAUUUGUGGACUGACCAUUAGGUUUAACUCAUAAAGCCAUAUUGUGUCUGAAAAUGUUGUGGCUGCAUGUGUCUUCUCUGGGUCUUGUUGUGUUUGCUACUGCUCUUCAACAGCAGCUCUGUAUCACUGUUAGCUACCAAGCACAGAGAGAGAAGAAAAUAUUCUUUUGAAUGCUUUGACAGUUGAGGAAAAGAGAACAGGACUGCUAUUAGUGGAGGUGUUUAAUUGCCUUCUGGUAGAACCUCAUCCUUUAGAUUAAUUAGAGUAUUUUUUUUAGUAACAGAUGAACUAACUUAUUGGUAAUGAACUUCAGGGAAAUUGCCAGUUGAUUUAGAAUGAAGAUCAAGAUUUUAAUUAAUUGAACUCUGAAAUAGACAGGGAAGAGAAAUGAAGAAACGGAGGAUUUACCCAUGCUAGGAAACACUGUGCUUUUAGAAGUCAUUCAGCUGAUCCAUGAAUGAUUUUUCAUUUCUGUUCUCAUCUUGUUGCCAUUGCACCAGUUGUGUAUGUACAGGAUAUGCAAACACAGAAGCAAUAAAAUAUUUUUCAAUCAGUUUCUUUAAGCUUCUAAAUGGAUUUUAAUAGGGACUUAGGUUAAGAUGUUGGUCAUUUUUGAAGUUACUUAAUGUGGCACUGGACUGCAAAGGAAUUUCUCAGCAUCUGUUAAGUAUCUUCCUUGACACGUAAAAAAUUAAUUCACAAGGUUUUUCAAAGCCCUCUCUUCCUUUUCUUUCCAUUUUCUUCUGUUGAAAGGAAGAAAUUGUAUUGAUAUUUUCAUUCUUGUACUGAUCAUUUUGAUUAUGAAUCUUUCACUUGAUAUUUUUUCUUUUUUAAUUUCUUCAUUCAAAAUCCAGCUCUCUCAAAUUCCAGUGAAAGAAACUACUUUUAUUUUGUUUAUUAGACGAUUUCAGAGUAAUUUAUUUAUACAGUAAGCAAACUCCAUUUUAUAUGUAUUAGUGUUGCACCGUAAUAUGUUGAGUCUUCUUUCUCAUGUAUCUCUUCUUAGGCUGAUUUCUUCCUUCUAGAAAUUUAGUAAAAAUGUGAGUUGAAUUGUUGAUGAGAAGGGAGGAAAACAAGCAACAGUUUCCCUUUUUUCAAGUUUCCAGUUGCUUCUAAUUUCAUCUGCAAUGCAGCACUGCUUCAUGAGAUUUAAAUCACCAUUUUUCAUUGUUUUACUUGUUGGAGGUAAGCAAUUAAAAAACUUUGCUUACCACAAGUGUUUGUGUAACUUUUUAUGUGCUGCAGUGACAAUUUCAUGUAUAUAUGGCAAAAAUGAAGGCUUGAAUUUGCCUUCUAGAGGGGUGGAGGACACUGGGGUUUUGCUUUGGUUUUGUUGCAGAAGUGUGGGUUAAAACAUUCUUCCAUUCAUGACAGUUUAAGUAACAGCAAAAAACUUCAGUCUCAAAUGUGUUUUUCAUUUAUGAAGCACUUACUCCUUAACUUCAGAUCAUUUCAUAUCUAUAGACUGAUGGUGGAGUAUGAAAUUAUAAAUAUCAUUUCAUAUUUCAUAUGGAUUGUUUGGAAGGCUCUUACUCUGUGUUGGGAGCAGUGAAGAGCUCUGUAUGUUGGAGAAAGAACUUGUUUUUUCUAAUAUAUGUAUGUUGUUGUAAUGCUUACAAUAUGCAGAAGGCUCUACUGUCUUAUUUCCUGAUGUGAUCAGAAAAAAUUUAAAUAGCCAAAAAGCUCAGAGAGUGAAAAAUUCCUAAUAAAGAGGGCAAGUUUACUUGAA